UUAGGCAGUAGGGAGUUUCUGCUAGGGUCUGGAUUGGAGUAACAAAGACCGGGCCCUAACUUGUAUGAUUGGUGUCUGAGGAAAAAAAGGAUUCCCCUUGCCUCAAAGAGUCUACAUGUCUAAUAUUUAGACAUGUUCAGCUUUGUGGAUAUUCGGUUAGCGCUGUUGCUCAGCGCAACAGUGCUUUUGGCAAGAGGUCAAGGCGAGGAUGACAGCGCAUACGGCAGUUGCACGUUGGAGGGCCAGUUGUACAACGAUAAGGAUGUAUGGAAACCUGAGCCAUGUCAAAUCUGCGUGUGCGACAGCGGAACUGUUAUGUGCGACGAAGUGAUUUGCGAGGAUACAACUGACUGCGCCAAUCCAGAAAUUCCCGAUGGGGAAUGCUGCCCUAUUUGCCCCGACGACUCAAACGGCCCGGUGCCAGUGGGACCCACGGGAGAUGAUGGCCCCAAGGGAGAUGAUGGUCUUCCCGGCCUGCCAGGAAACGAUGGCAUCCCCGGCCAGCCUGGACUCCCUGGCCCCCCCGGCCCCCCUGGACCCCCUGGCCUUGGCGGAAACCACCUUCCUCAGAUGAGCUAUGGUUCUGAUAAGUCAAGCGGACCUGCUGUUCCUGGCCCAAUGGGUCCCAUGGGUCCCCGUGGCCCCCCCGGCCCCUCAGGUUCCUCAGGCCCUCAGGGUUUCACUGGACCCCCAGGUGAACCUGGCGAGCCCGGAGCAUCUGGUCCCAUGGGCCCCCGUGGUUCCGGAGGGCCUCCAGGGAAGAACGGAGACGACGGUGAGCCCGGCAAGGCUGGUCGUCCUGGAGAGCGUGGAGCUGCAGGCCCCCAGGGUGCUCGUGGAUUCCCCGGAACUCCCGGACUCCCCGGCAUCAAGGGACACAGAGGUUUCAGCGGUCUGGAUGGUGCUAAGGGAGAUGCUGGCCCCGCCGGCCCCAAGGGAGAACCUGGUUCCUCUGGUGAGAACGGUACCCCCGGUGUCAUGGGCGCUCGUGGUCUUCCUGGUGAGAGAGGCCGCCCCGGACCCCCUGGCCCAUCUGGCGCUCGCGGUAACGAUGGCAACGGAGGCGCCGCUGGUCCACCUGGUCCCACUGGCCCUGCUGGUCCUCCUGGAUUCCCUGGUGGUGCUGGAGCUAAGGGAGAGACUGGCGCCCAGGGAGGUCGUGGCUCAGAAGGCCCCCAGGGAUCCCGUGGAGAGCCUGGUAACCCCGGACCCAGUGGUUCUGCUGGCCCUGCUGGCAGCCCUGGAUCCGAUGGUUCUGCUGGUGCUAAAGGCUCUCCUGGUGCUGUCGGUAUUGCUGGAGCCCCAGGCUUCCCUGGUGGCCGUGGGCCAGCUGGAGCUGUUGGUGGAGCUGGUGCCCCAGGUCCUAAGGGGAACAACGGUGAGACAGGAGCUCCUGGAUCCAAGGGAGAGCCCGGUGCCAAGGGAGAGAAUGGCCCCGCUGGAGUGCAGGGAGCCGCUGGCCCCUCUGGAGAGGAGGGAAAGAGAGGAGCCCGUGGUGAGCCCGGUGGUGCUGGUGCCCGUGGACCCCCUGGAGAGCGUGGUGCCCCCGGCAACCGCGGUUUCCCUGGUGCUGAUGGAGGUGCUGGUGGUACCGGCGGUGCUGGUGAGCGUGGUGCCCCUGGAGCAAUGGGAGCUCAGGGAGCAACCGGUGAGGGUGGACGCCCUGGCGAGCCUGGGAUGCCUGGUUCCAAGGGUAUGACUGGUAGCCCAGGAAGCCCUGGACCCGAUGGCAAAGCUGGCCCUGCUGGUGCCCCAGGACAAGAUGGCCGCGCCGGACCCGCCGGCCCUGCUGGAUCUAGAGGUCAGCCUGGAGUCAUGGGAUUCCCCGGACCCAAGGGAACUGCUGGUGAGGGUGGCAAGCCUGGAGAGAGAGGUGCCGUUGGACCUACUGGUGCUCUUGGUGCCCCAGGCAAAGAUGGAGAUGCUGGUGCCCCUGGUGCUCCAGGCCCUGCUGGUGGUGCUGGAGAGAGAGGAGAACAAGGACCAGUUGGUUCCAAUGGCUUCCAGGGUCUGCCUGGAGCCCAAGGUGCUACUGGAGAGACUGGAAAGCCUGGUGAGCAGGGUGUGCCCGGUGAGGUUGGUGGCUCCGGAGCAUCUGGACCCAGAGGUGACAGAGGUUUCCCCGGCGAGCGUGGCGCCAACGGGCCUGGUGGCCCAACCGGACCCCGUGGUUCCCCUGGCUCCGCUGGCAACGAUGGUGCUAAGGGAGAGCCUGGUGCUGGAGGUGCCCCCGGUGGUGUCGGACCCCCAGGUCUCCAGGGCAUGCCCGGUGAGCGUGGUGCCGGCGGUCUGCCUGGUCUUAGAGGCGACAGGGGUGAUGGUGGUGUCAAAGGUGCCGAUGGUGCCGCUGGCAAGGAUGGCAUGCGUGGAAUGAGCGGACCUAUUGGACCUCCUGGACCCUCCGGUGCUCCUGGUGAGAAGGGAGAGGGUGGCCCUGUUGGCCCAGCCGGAUCAACUGGCUCCCGUGGUUCCCCUGGUGAGCGCGGAGAGAGCGGUCCUCCAGGACCCGCCGGCUUCGCUGGACCCCCUGGUAUGGAUGGCCAGCCCGGUGCCAAGGGAGAGAGCGGCGACUCUGGACCCAAGGGUGAUGCUGGAGCCCCUGGACCCUCUGGGCCCGCCGGUGCUUCUGGACCCCAGGGCCCCGCUGGAGCGACCGGACCUAAGGGUGCUCGUGGUGGUGCCGGUCCCCCUGGUGCUACUGGUUUCCCCGGACCCGCUGGUAGAGUUGGACCCCCCGGCCCUGCUGGAGGUGCCGGUGCCCCUGGUGCCAAUGGCCCCGCUGGAAAGGAGGGCCAGAAGGGUAAUCGCGGUGAGACUGGUGUUGCUGGUCGCCCUGGAGAGGUUGGCGCCGCCGGCCCCCCUGGAUCAUCUGGAGAGAAGGGAUCCGUUGGUUCUGAUGGCGCCCCUGGUCCAGCUGGUAUCUCUGGACCUAGCGGUCUCGCUGGACAGCGUGGUAUUGUUGGUCUGCCAGGACAGCGUGGAGAGCGUGGCUUCGGUGGUCUUCCCGGACCUGGAGGUGAGCCUGGCAAACAGGGACCUUCUGGAGCUCUGGGUGAGCGAGGCCCUCCAGGCCCCAUGGGACCCCCUGGACUCUCUGGACCAUCUGGCGAAGCUGGACGUGAGGGAUCAACAGGUCACGAUGGUGCCCCCGGUCGGGAUGGCCCUGCUGGACCCAAGGGAGACCGUGGAGAGUCCGGUAAUGCUGGUAUCCCCGGGGCCCCUGGUGCUCCUGGAGCCCCCGGAGGCGUCGGACCCUCUGGCAAGAGUGGUGAUCGUGGAGAAGGCGGUCCUGCUGGUCCUGCUGGACCCGCUGGCCCCGCUGGUGUUCGUGGUGCUAAUGGCCCAGCUGGUGCUCGUGGUGACAAGGGAGAGGCUGGCGAGGCCGGCGAGAGAGGCCACAAGGGACACAGAGGAUUCACCGGCAUGCAGGGUCUGCCCGGAACUGCUGGUUCCGCUGGAGAACAAGGACCUGCUGGUGCCAAUGGACCUGCAGGACCCAGAGGACCUUCUGGCAGCUCUGGCUCCCCUGGUAAAGAUGGCAUGAACGGUCUGCCCGGACCUCUCGGACCCCCUGGACCCCGCGGUCGCAAUGGAGAGAUGGGACCUGCUGGUACUCCUGGUGCUGCCGGACCCCCCGGCCCCCCUGGACCCCCCGGAAGCGGAUUCGACAUGUUCGUCAGCCAGCCUCUGCAGGAGAAGGCCCCAGAUCCCUACCGUAGCUACCGCUCAGACGACCCCAACAUGAUGCGUGACCGCGACAUGGAGGUGGACACCACCCUGAAGACCCUGAGCCAGAAGAUCGAGAACCUCCGCAGCCCCGAGGGAACCCAGAAGAACCCCGCCCGCAUGUGCCGUGACAUCAGGAUGUGCCACCCCGAGUGGAAGAGCGGCCAGUACUGGGUCGACCCCAACCAGGGAUCUCCUCUUGAUGCCGUCAAGGUCCACUGCAACAUGGAGACUGGUGAGACCUGCGUCUCCCCAGCCCAGUCCAGCAUCCCCAUGAAGAACUGGUACACCAGCAAGAACAUCAGGGAGAAGAAGCACGUGUGGUUCAGCGAGUCUAUGACUGGUGGAUUCCAGUUCCAGUACGGCACAGAUGGCGCCGACGCCGAUGAUGUCAACAUCCAGAUGGCCUUCAUGCGUCUCAUGUCCAACGAGGCCUCCCAGAACGUCACCUACCACUGCAAGAACAGCAUCGCUUACAUGGACCAGGCCAGCGGCAAUCUGAAGAAGGCCGUGCUGCUGCAGGGCUCCAACGACAUCGAGAUCAGAGCCGAGGGCAACAGCCGCUUCACCUACAGCGUCACCGAGGACGGCUGCACGUCACACACUGGCACAUGGGGCAAGACAGUCAUCGAUUACAAAACAUCUAAAACAUCUCGCCUGCCAAUCAUUGACAUCGCUCCUAUGGACGUUGGUGCACCUGAUCAGGAAUUUGGCGUUGAAGUUGGCCCCGUUUGCUUCUUGUAAAAAGAAAGAAAAAAUCUGGACAUGAAUUUUUGUUUUCUAGCAGUCUUCUCUAAAUCUUUUUUCUAUUGCAUUGAAAACUCAUUCGGCUGCCACUGGUCCACAUGCUUAAUGCUACUCUUCUGAAGACAGAAACAGUUUUGGGACUGCUCCUUCAACCGAAGCCUACAACAUGGACACUUAAAAGAAUCUUUUGUUUCCACUGACAACAAGAAAAUAAUAUAUACUUACAAAGUGUAAAAUCCCCCCUGGAGUUUGAGAAAGAAAAAAACACAAUGAAACACAGGUGACUUUGCUGUUUUACCACUGCGGAAGGACAUUGAAAGCAACAAAUGUCAUGUACCAUUUUCUGGUGAUAAAUAAAUCGUAAAAAACGACGGUAAAGUGUGUUCUUGUUCUAAAUUCGUGAAAGAUGCUCGCCUUCAUUUUUAUACCUAAAUGGCUACCUCAAAUAAUUACCCCAAAAUGUUGCCAAAAACACAAGGGUAUAUUUUACACUACAAGCCUCUCAAUGAAAAGAAAACAACUGUCAAAGGUGCUAUUGUCAACUCAACAUGGUCCAGUUUUUUGGGGUGUUUUUAUAGAGGUUUUCCCUGUCGGUUUAUUGCCACUAAUGCCGGCAGGAUCUUUGGUGCUAGUUGAUUUAUUGUCUUGUUGUCAAUGCAGUGCAAUGGUUUUCUUCCUUAAGUGUUGAGUUCCUAUGAAAGAUGAAUACUGUAGAUAUAAUGCAUAUGCAAAUCAUGUCUGAUGUAGAUUAAGCAAGUAGAUGUGUUUCUGGUACGGUUUCAUUUCACUGCUGACUCAUGUCUGUUUAUUCCUGUGGAUAACUUCUCUUCACUAAACAGCACCCACCUCCCACUUAUGGUUUUAGUUUUUUUUGUUGAAAUGCUUUUAAGAGAAGGGUUUCUAGAAAAAGAAAAGAGUAAAAAACAGAAAUUGACACACUUUCAUGGUUUAAACAAGAGAAUCUGUACUUAUUUUGUACAUGUAUAAUAAAUCAAGAUGUUUUUAAUUAUUUUGGAUGCUGAAAUAAAGCAUGUGAAGUGGUCUACUCAA